CUCUCUUCCUAUUGCCUGUAACAUGUUCCAUGCAGUACGGGAUCGAAGUCGUGGCUUAGGAGGCAGGUCAGAGGGGAUUUCUACCAUGUGUUCAUCACGCAUGCGGAGAUCAUAAGUACGCGUCAAUCAGGUGUCCUAGAUCUGUCGCUAUUCAGAGGAGCUGUACACGCUGCUUCAUGCAUCAUGUACUAUGCAUGUACGACGUCCGAGAGUGUACCAACUUUAUCGUCAUUCGCAGUUUUUCUAGCCAGGACUCUCUAUAAGUAUGUCAAGGUGUCCCCUUGUCUCGAAAAUACUGUAGAAGGCAUUUUGAAUGCUUUUUAUGCCUGCUCGGACACUUGAACAUCAACUAUAUCCCUUUCUGCAUUCACCCUGGCUCAAUAUUCGCUCUGGACACCUCUAUGAUCUAGAGUCGCUUGAAGAAGCUCUAGAAGCAUCGUGUACCCUCUCUAUAUACGUCUCUAUGCCCUCUGCACAGCCGCUUUCUGGAGGUUUCUCCUGGCAUCCUCCUUCUAUCUCUCUCAACUUCCCUGCUUUGAAAUGAGAUACUGUUGUGGUAGUUUCUAUCAGACAGAAUCAACUAUAUAUUACAUGAGGCAUACAAUGAGGUAGCUAUAUUGUAAUACAUGUGAUCUACAAAAAGAAGCAAGUGAAAAAGCGAAGGAAUAAGUGAGAUAAUGAGCUCGCUGUGGCGCGCGAUGAAGACAAAGGCGGGACGAUGGAAGCGCCGGCGGGAUGAAUGAGAUCGAUCAUUUGUCUCUCUCGUUCAACAAGACAACGUCGGUCUUGCUGCCAGCUGCUGCCUUCAUUCGUUGCAAUGUCAACCCUUCACCUUGAAGAAUGCCACCUUAAUCCACUUGGACUUGAGUCCGUUCGAGAGCUUUUUCAGCGCCAUAUGCCACAGUAUGACCGGUACAAGGCUCAGUAUGAUCAAGCUGCUCUAGCCUUCCUCCUCCACGGAAAACACAAGGAUGGAAGUCAUAAAACAGCUCCUGAUGCAUUCCAUUCAGACUGGCGGAUUGCGAGGGAACAUGUACCCUCAGGUACGGAAGGCCAGGCAAUUCGGGCGAAGUUCAAGGACGAGCUUAUGGAACUUGUGUUUGAUUCUACCACAGCAUGGGAUCGUAUCACUGGCGGAACUGCCAUCCUUGUCCAUAUUGAUGGAACGCUUGAACCGGAUGCUCCGGUGUCUCCUCAAUACGUCAAGGCUCACGUUUACCUCAAUCCUGGCCUGCUGGAUGACAUACCAGAAAUCACCCCAGCCGUUGCGCGUAUCGUUCAGUUGUUUAUCGAAGACAUCGGACUUCCUGUGAUCAGAAGAUGGUUUCGCGCAUUCAAGAAGGAAGGCUUCUCACUUACCAAGUGCUCCACUCGAGUAAUCCGUAUCCCAUCGUCCAUUCCACUCAUUCCAAAGCCCGUCCCUCGGGGCUCAACUCAUCACGUCUUUAGGGGUCAUGCGACUGGGGUGCUGGACACUAGGCUUGUGGGCCUCUCUGCAGUAACAGGAGGCAUUCAUUCCGAAGUCGCUCUGGCCGAUGACGCAGAAUUUAGAGAGCUUCAAGCUCGUUUAGAUCAGAUGUCGGUGGAAUACACAGAGAAGGUGGAGGUGUUGGAGGAGGCGUUGCAUUUGGAAACGUCCGAACACCAUGACCUUGUGGCAAUUCUCAACUACAAGAUCGACCACCUCAAGGACACAUUGGCAGACCGUGAUGGGCUGAUACAAGAGCUGCGCUCAGCUCUUCGUCAAUAUGCGCAUCCUACGAUGACAUCUUUGCAAUCUGCUCCAUUGGCUCAUUCUAACGACACUGUGAAUGGUCCCUCGAGGUCUCUCAUACUUCCAAUGGACACUACGACAGAUAUUCACUAUGGCCCUGCCAUCGCCGCAAUACCAAUUCCACGCCCUGCCAUCAAGCGUAAAAAGCCUGCACCUAUCGACUCGGAGAAACGCAAGGAGAUCAAAACACGUCGUGAUGAGAAAAAGAAGGAGGUCGAUGAGCAGAUCGCCACCUGGUUCCAACAGACGGUUGCAUUAGCAAGCACAAUGGCGGAAAAAUAUGGCCAGACGACGCAGCACUAUCUUCGACUCUUUUUCUUCGGCGCUGAAAGUCAUGCGAAGAAACGACAGCCAUCUGCCUAUAAUGCAUACAUCAGUGCAAUGGCGGCGGACACAAAUUCAGAUGCAGCCGCUGGGAGUGCAUCGUCUUUGAUCAACGUUCAAUCAGAUCAUCGAGAGGCAUACUAUGAGCUAACACAGGAAGAGAAGGAUGAGUUUGUCGCGGAGCUACUGCAGAAGCGCGAAACGGAGCAGAAAGGUUCCCGCCCCAAUCAACGAUCUCGCAUUCAAGAUGCCAGUGCGGUGCUAAGGCUUAUUGAACAGGAGCUUCUUGGUUUAAAGCACAGGGUAGGAAUCGAAGGCUUUUUUUGCGUCGUGAAGAACAACACCGAAUUCAAUAUGGGACCUCAGUGGUUCUUCACCGAUCAGGAGAUAGAACGAUACCUGAGCAUUUCCGUACGGAAAGGGUGGGAUACAGGAUACAUUGGCGCCAUUGCAGAAGCAUUUGCGGUUGCUGGAUGUGAUACAAUGAAAACUCUCACGAAUGCGAAGCAGAAGGCGACUUAUCUCAUGACAUCAAUCCAGGAUGAGAUCCAACAAAAGCUCACUGACAUUACCGGUAACAAGGAUUCCCAAAUGAAGUACGUCAACUACGAGAGGGAUAUCGUUCAGCGCUAUGGGAUCGAGCUGCAAGGAUGGACUCAUUCAGAGUGGACCACACCGCGGAAGAUGAGCACUAGUCUCCCCCCUUUAGAGACCUUGCUCCAUGCGCUGCGGACCGAUCAGUGCAGAUUCGUCAAGCUCACCAAAGCGCAGUUAGAUGCGCGUGAGAAACCUGUUGAAAAGCCGAGAAAGAAGCGUGAGGACUCUGGAAAGAAACGCAAGAAGCACGCAUCCGCUGCGGACGGUGGUGACGAUGGUGGUGAGGAGGACGAUGCCGAACCGGACGUUGAAGAAGCUACUCGACCCGCUCCUAAGAAGAAGCGUCGUAGCAAGGCCCAAAAGACUACUGACACUGCGAGCGGCGACAAUGAGUAGCACAAGAUACAGGCCAUACUCCGUCUAUAUACCUACUACAGUAGUCAUGUUUACUUAGACUUAUACCCGCUCUAUUCAAUGUUAACACUCUGGCUGCUAUCCACUCUCUGAUUGGCUGUAUACACUCUAUAUGGUAUUAUAAGAGCCAAAAGAAAGGCUAUUACCUAUA